AUGGGGUUGGAGAUGGAGGAGAAUAAUACUGAGCUUGAAGAAGGCGAGGCUUCUUGCUAUUACAAGGAUGACGAGGAAAACGUUGACCCAGACAACGAUCUCUCUUACAUUGAUGAGAGACUUCAACAUGCUCUGGGCCAUUUCCAGAAGGAUUUUGAGGGCGGGGCUUUUGCUGAGAGUCUGGGGCCAAAAUAUGGUGGAUAUGGCUCAUUUUUACCAUCCUAUGAAAGGUCUUCUGCCGUUUGGUCUCAUCCAAAGACACCGCAGAAAAGCUACAACACAUCAAGAUCUCCUAAAAGUUUAAUGGAGGGUGCUACUCAGAAUUUGAAAGCUUCAUCAAGUGCACCCCCAACUGCGAGGCUUGGUACUGCUAACAGUGCUCACUUGUCACAUAAUUCAAGGGUCCCCCCUCGGGACAUUUCAGUUAAACAGGAUUCAUGUGUGCCAUCUACUCAAGUAGCUGAGAGGUGUUCCUUGAAAGAUGAAACUUUAAACAAACUUGGCAAUCCAACUGAUCUAAGGACACUGAAGGUUCGAAUCAAAAUGAACUCUGAUACCACAGCUCGGAAGAAUGUAGCAAUUUAUAGUGGUCUUGGGCUUAACUCCCCAUCUUCAUCCUUGGAGAACAGCCCUGAGGAAAGUGGAGAUAUGCCACCUCCAUCUCAAGUGACUGUGGACGAGUCUCCCACUAACAUUAUUCAGGUUAUGACUUCUUUCCCUGUUCCUGGAGAUGCGUUGAUAUCACCACUUCAUGACAGUCUUCUUUGCUUAAUAAGAAAGAGAAAGGUGCCUUCAUCUAAGGGUCAUCAAGAACAUUCUUCUUUGUCUGUAGAGGAGUCAGUUUCCACACGGGGCAAUAGGAAAGUGUCAAAGGAGACGAAAAUUAAAGUAGCAGGGAAAGGUGAAAGUUUGGUUAAGUUGAAGCUUGAGAAUGGUAUCAAGAAUCGCACGAGAAUUCUUAUGAAAAAGAAAUCAGAAACUGAGACCCUAGAAGGCAAGGAGCUUCUGCCCAAUGACUUGGGAGCAACACCUUUCUCCAACUUAGUAUGUGAUGUUGGUGACCCUCUGAAAGGGAUUGGUAGGACAUCUGAAGCUUCGAGGGAAGCCAAUGAGAAUGAAGUGAAAGGAAGAUUUUCUUCCUCUGAAUUAGUGAAGGAAGAAUCAUUGGAGUCGAUAUCUGGUCAGGGAUGUGUCAAGAAUGAGAAGCAAAAGUCUAGGUAUGGUUCAGUGGAAAAGGUUUGGGAACAGAAGGAUGUUCCAGUUCAUCUCAGGGAUGAUGGCAAGUGCAAGGGUUACAAAACUUCAGCCCCACAACAUGAUACUGAUGUAUCCAAAGUCAAGGAAGAGCCAGACCUGCACAGACACAAUGCUGGAAAGAAAUGUACAUCACAUGAGCAAGAAAAAACUAAUGUUCCUGGUAAGAGGGCAAAGCUAUCAGUAGAGGGCAGGAUUAAGUCAAAGGAAAAUCAAAGCAAUGAAAAGCCACCUACUGUCUCAACAAAGGAAAGCUUGGGGUUUGAAAUGGGUGUAGUACCAAAAGAUGAAUUGAGUGGUGGUCAUGGUGUUCCUCCUUCUGGGAGAAAAAUUCGUAAGUUAAAGUCGCAGAAGGAUAAGGUCAUAGAUAAUCAAAGAGAUUCAUUUGGGGGCAAAAGUUUGGAACAAAGGAAUAAAAUGGAUCUAGCAGAAAGACCUGCUGAUGAUAUUGAAGUAAAAUGGAAGGCAUGUUUGGAUAAACCAAAGGAAAAAUUGAGUGGUAAAAAGAUUGAUAAUAGGUUAGUUUCAAAAGAUGCUCCUCAUUCGUGCCAACCUACAAUGGAAAAUGGACUUGCUUCAGAGGUCGUACCUGCAGCUGCAGCUGCAGCUCCUAUUGUUAUAGAAGAAAAUUGGGUAUGUUGUGAUAAGUGUCAGAAGUGGCGGCUUCUACCCUUCGGUACCAAGCCAGAGCAACUCCCUGAGAAAUGGUUGUGUAGCAUGCUAAAUUGGCUGCCUGGGAUGAACCGAUGUGACAUCAGUGAAGAGGAAACUACAAAAGCACUCAAUGCAUUGUACCAACCAUCUUCAGAAAGUCUAAAUAAGCCACAGGCUCAUGCUAAUGGAACAGCAUCUGCAGUACCUGCAGUCAAUGUCUUAAAUUUUGAUCAGAAUCACCAGAAGCUUAGUUCUCAUGCCAUGUCUAAUCAAGGGAAAAAGAAACAUGGUUUAAAGGAAAUACCCGAUACAGGUAGUGGUAGUGGUCUCUUGAACACUACAAAGAACCACCUUCAAGAAGCUGUGAAAAGUAUAAGCUCAAAGGACAUAAACCGGCCUCCUUUAGAAUCAAAUUCGAUGAAGAAAUCUGGUUAUCGACAAAUGAGCAAGCUGCAAAACUUGGGAAUGGAAAAAAGCACAACUAAGCAGAAGGAGAAACACACAAGUGGAGGUGACACCAAGAAAGUAAGAUUGAAAUACAAUGGGGCCGAUCAAUAUACUUGUGGAGCUUCAAAGAAACUCAAGAGAGAAGAGACGUGGCAUGGUGAUAAAAAUCGGAAUGCUCAUAUUGACCUUGGGAAGGUUGGUGUUGGAUCAAGUACUGGUUUGCUGACUCAGGCACGUGGUCAAGACAUCAAAUACAAUGACCUCUGUUAUUCUGAAGAUACAAAGGAUGUAGUGAAGGACAUAGCACAAGUUCCUGCAAAGAAACUGCGAGACCAAACUCAGGUGUCAUGCCCUGGUGGGUCUUUGGAUGUGAGAAAAUGCAGUAGAGGCGAUAGUUCCAUGAAGAAAAGGAAAAUGAGAGACUGGCAGGAUACUCAGAAUAAUGUGGAGACAUUUCAAAAUUUUACGCAUGAAGGGAAGGUAUAUAGCGAGGAAAGUAGUGAAAGUGGAUAUCAGAAGGAAAAGAAGUCGAAGAUUUUAAAGACUGAUGGUAAAGAGUCCAGUACUAGUAAUGGAGAUGAUAAAUCAAACAGAAAAAGCAGAGUGACCCAAAUUGUUAUGUCAGGCACAAAAGUUCAUUCAGUUGAUGCUAUGGAAAAGGAUAGGAGUAUUGUGAAAGACCAGCAACCUGGGAAACAUAGUAAACAGAAUGCAUCUCAACAAACAUUGGAUGGUGUAAAUUCAUUAAAAAGGGAUUUGGGGUCUGUUUCCUUGGCUGCCACUUCAAGUUCUUCAAAGGUUUCAGGUUCCCAUAAAACUAGAGUUAACUUUGAAGAAGUAAAAGGCUCACCCGUGGAAUCAGUUUCAUCAUCUCCUUUGAGGACCUCCCAUUCAGACAGGCUUACUUCAUCUAGGGGAGAUGCUUUUGGGAAAGAUGAUGCUGUUUAUGGUGAUUUCCCUCCAUCAAAUAUUCCCAAAAGAUUUUGGGAUGGGGAUGAAACUGGUAAUAUUGAUAAAUUUGUGACUACCCGGAAGAAGAAGAUUUCCUGCAGUACUCGUCCUGAAUCUCAUAAAUUUUCAUCAGUAGGCUGCCAUGAUAUAGAUGCUAAUGGUGAAGUCAGUGUCAAAGCCAAACCUUCUUCUGAAGUUUGGAGUAGCCAUUUGCUUAGUGGUAAUGAUAGUUUGGAACCACGUGGUCAGUGCCUCAGUAAUCAGCAUGGCAUGGAUCGUUGCCACGAUGAUGAUAGAGAGAACAAGAAGCAAACUGAAGUUGCAGUUUGUGUGCAGAAAUCUGGCAAGGGUUCCUGUUUGCAGUCAAAGGACAAUGUUAGAAGCUGCACUUCUGAUUUAGAUAGGAACAAGGUGAAAGUUUCUGAUCCAGUGAAUGAUCACUCGAAGAAGAGUCAAAGAUAUGAGCCUGAGAUUGAAUGCAAUCAUCAGGCAUUCGUUCUUGAAAAAGGGAAUAAUGUUAGACACAAUCUUCCUAAAAAGUGUAGCACUAAGUCGGUCAAGGUCAAGGAUGAUAACUAUCAUGUUAGUCGGGGAGAUAAUGCAGGAAAUGGGUCAAGUGACAGUGGAGUGGAAACUCAACUGGGGCGAAAAGAAUAUGAUGUGUCAGAUGUGAAGUUUAGCGCUACACAGAGCCCUAAUAGGAAGGGUGCCCGUGCCCUGCAACAGAACUUGAUUCAGAAUCAUGGGGACAGUCAGAUUCAAAAUGACCCAAGAAGCGGGAAACCACAAUUGUUUUCACAUUGCCAAGGUGAAAGGAAAGAAGAAACACCAUCUCUUUGCUCCCGACCUGUUGCAGGGUCCGAGAGAGAAGUGGUGUUUCAGGGGCUUCCAGUCAAUGCCACUGUCAAUGGUGAUGAAUCGAAGUCAGUGAAGCAGUCUGGGACUUCGGCUAACAAGAAUGGAAUUAAUUGCAAUUUGGUACACUUCAUGCCUGAUCAACAGAGAGCAAUGGAUGUCAGUUCGCCAAGUCCUGUGAGAAGCUCCUCUGGCCAGACUGCUAGUAAUUCCCUAAAAGAAGCUAAAAGGCUCAGAGACUAUGCUGAUUAUCUUAAGAACUCUGGGUUUGAUUUCGAAAGUAGUGAGGCUUACUUCCAAGCUGCUCUGAAGUUUCUCCAAGGAGCCGUGCUUUUAGAAAGUUGCAGUAGUGAGAAUGGCAAACAUGGGGAUAUGACUCAGUUGCAAGUGUACAGUACUACAGCUAAACUUUGCGAAUUAUGUGCCCAUGAAUAUGAAACCCGCAACGAAGUGGCUUCCGCUGCCCUGGCCUAUAAAUGCAUGGAGGUGGCAUACAUGAGGGUGGUUUACUGUAAACAUUCUAGUACAAACAGAGAUCGGCAUGAGUUGCAAGCUACUCUCAAUAUAGCUCCUCCAGGUGAGUCUCCAUCGUCUUCUGCAUCAGAUGUGGAUAACUUGAACAACCAAGUGAUAGCAGAAAAGGCUGUAUUGUCCAAGGGUACUGGUAUUCAUGUUUCUGGAAACCAUGUUGUUGUUGCUCGAAACCGCCCGAAUUUUGUCAGGCUGCUUGACUUUACACAGGAUGUAAAUUUUGCAAUGGAAGCCACAAGAAAGUCCCAGAAUGCUUUUGCAGCUGCGUGCGCAACCCUGGAAGAUGCACAUAAGAAUGAUUGUAUUUGUUCUAUUAAGAGGGUCAUUGAUUUCAGCUUCCAAGAUUUAGAGGAACUCAUCCGUCUGGUUAAGCUUGCAAUGGAGGCCAUAAGUCGAUCCAAAUUUGGUGGUGCUAGAGACUAA